AGACCUUCUUUCCUGCCCAAUGACAGAAAUUUCUCUAUGGUGGAUUCCUACCCGUAUAGUGAAGAAAGAGAAAUCUACAGAAGGAAUAGUGUCUUUCCAGCUGCAAAUGUAUUUGAUUCUAAUGUGGAGAGAGGCAACAAAAAUCUGCAUUUUCAGAUAGGCUUUGACAAUGUAGAUGCUCAAUAUCCUGUCUUUUUAGGCAACUAUCCAUUUGGACAAGGACUGAGAGAUGAAAGUGGAAAUGGUGAAGCUUGUUUAACCAACACCUCAGGAAGAUUAAACAUAGGACCCGUAUGGCCCAGUGACUCUGGACAGGACAGAGAGUCUGCAAGUUGGUCUAUCCAGCUGGUUGAAGCGAAUCAAGGCAGUAAUGAAAACACAGUUGCUUUUUGCAAUGCAGUGGGGAAAAUAAGAAGUGCCUAUCCUGCUUAUGAUUUAGAGACAAAUACUGGAAAAAUCUGGAGUGUCGCAACAAGGUUCCCAGACCACAUCCUUGACAAAUUGAAAUUUAGAAUCAGUGUUUGGACAGAUUCUUCACCAUACCCACUGCUUAUCACUCAAAAUGCUGGCUGUAUCACUCAUGACUUAAUUGCAGAGAUCCUCCACUGCACAAAUCAAUACCCAGUCCGGGAGGAAUGUUUUCUAAGUGUUUGUGGGUCUGAUGAAUUCUUACAAAACAAUCACACUUUGGGCAGCCACGAGAGUCUUCGCAAGCCAACCACCUGCAUUCAGCUUCGGCUACACAUCGCUACUAAUUUGAAGCAAAAUUUGGCUCGAACGCAUGAGGAUGACCAAAGACAGUUCAGUGUGAAUCAACUGUUGGAGUAUACUUGUGCUUGGAGACUGACUCGAGAGAACCUUGUCUCGAUUAUUAUGAAAUACAGAGGUCAAGUGGAGUAUUUAUUGCAAAAUGAGCACGGAGUGGGCAAUGUGAUUGAAGCGGCUAAAGCAAUCUGCAGCAUCCUCUGCUUUGUGGAAACCAGAGACAUUACAAAUGCGGUCAAGAAACUCCGUGAAGUGCUCUUAGUGAAAGCACAGAAUUCACUUCCAAGUGUGGAAAUGCCAGGCAAAGCAUUAAUAGAAGAUGCUGUGACUGAGCUCUCCUUGGCCAUCUCUUGUCUCAUCCAUGUUUACAGCAGCAGCUUUGAUACAGGUUUUCAGCUUGCCAACAUACCUAAAAGUCCUUCGUGUGCAGACAUCAGUCUAGAUUCCCAGCUCAGCUUCACUGUUUAUGCUGCCCAUAACAUCCCAGAAGCUUGGGUGAGCAGUGGCUUGGGAUAAAAGAGAGGGAUCUGUGUUACAAAAUCAUGAGUGUCUCCUCAAAU